AUGACUAAGAUUUAUGUAUCAAACCUUUCAUUUCAAACAAAACAAGAAGAAAUGGAAAAAUACUUUGCAGUUUUUGGUAAGAUUAAAUCUUGUAUUUUAAUGACUCAAAGAGGACAUUCUAAAGGAUUUGGUUUUGUUGAAUAUGAAACAGAAGAAGAAACAAAAAAAGCUCUUGCAGCUAAUGACCUUGAGUUUAUGGGAAGAAAGCUUCAUAUCCAAAUUGCUCAACCACUAAAAGAACAUAAAGAAAAUCAUAGACAUUAUGAAAGAAGAUUUAAGUAUUCAAGAAGAGGUAUUAGUAGAAGAUAUUUUAAUAGAAAAGAAAAGGAUUAUCAACAUGAUACAAAUGAUAAUAAAACUGAAGAAAAUAAUGAAUUAUCAGAAACACUUCUUUUUAUUAGAAAUUUAUCAUAUUCAAUUAAUGAUAAAAAAUUAAAAGAAUUAUUUGCAAAAUAUGAACCAAAAGAGGCUAUUGUUGUUUCUUAUAAAAAAGGAAGUCGUAUAUUUAGUAAAGGAUUUGGAUUUGUUGAAGUUAGUAAUAAAGAACAACAAAAUGCUGCUAUUAUUGAAUUUAAUAAUUUUGAAAUUGAUGGAAGAAAAAUAAUUGUCUCUGCAGGAUAUAAAAGACAAGAAAGAAUAAAAUCCAUUCAUAACGAAUAA